AUGGAGGCCGAAAUAGAAAAGAUCGAGCAAGAAAUCACCCUGCAGUUGCAGCGUAUCGACGGCAACCUCACCGACUGCUUCACCACUGUCACUCGCAGCAUCAUCCCCAGUCUUAAACAGUUUAGUGAACACUCGGAGGAUAUCCUUGAUUCUCUUUCUUGGCUAACAACUCUUUUCGAAAGAUCCGGCAACGUCGAUUUCAACACUCUGGCAGACGGUGAAGCAAAGCAAAGCGAGGCAAGUGCAACCGCAAAUGCAACCGCAAGUGCAACCACAAAUGCAACCACAAAUGCAACCGCUACCGCUACCGCAGCCGUCCGGGCUCCAGACCAAGACAGCUCUUUGCAAGACCCUCCAACCGUGUCCCACCUUCAAUCUCUAAUGCUCCCAGACUCCAGCGACGACGAAGACUAUCUCACCGUCACAGGCCAACAGCCGCCAGCCGCCGAGCCCAGCACAAGCCAGCUGGCACGGUCCAACAAACGUAAGGUCUCUUUGCUGCUACAACAAGAAUACGCCUCAAGUUCAAGCUAUGCCAGUUCUCCUCUUCGUAGAGGGUGA